UCACGUCGUGGGGCUCAACAAUGGCCGAGUCCAGCUCUAAAGCUCCGCCACCUACCAAACUAACACAUGGCAUUUCCCUCGCGCCCCUCCACCUCCAAUGAGCGCACAUGGACGCACAUACUGCUCGACAAUGUGUCCUCUUCCAAUCAAGUGAAGUGCCUCCGCGCAAAGUUCUUUGGUGUUUGGUGUAGGCGGUUGUGGUUAUUUAAGGGGGGAGCUGUCUCAGAGUUUAAGCACACUACUGUAGAUUGAGCGCAAAGUUAGGCGUUCCUCCACGUUUUCGAGCUUAAUUUCUUCUCCUCUGGUAUAAGAUGUUUAAGGGAGGCUAAGUAGAGUUGGAGGGGACUCGUAUGAGAAUUCUCUUCCGGUAUGGGUCUGUCUGGGGGUCUGGUGAGGAGAGUCUUCUUGAAGACUCGAUCUUCUUCGAGCAUACGCAAUAGCAAUCAGGAGAGGAAUUUUGGAGUAGAUAAGACUCGGUGGUGUUCGGUCAGACACUACCUUUGUGGAGAUGAAUUCAAUUCAUCUCCAGCAGAGGAUGAUUUAUCCUCUGUUGAGGGUUCUGAAGCAACCGCGACGCAGCAUUUGAUAGAAACUUCAAGAGAUGAAGAGAGUCCUCCAGGAUUCCAAUUAGAAGAGCAUGAAGAAGCAAGUACGAAAGAAGGGAACCCACCUGCAACGUUGUUGAGUCCAGAAGAUGCAGCUGUCUUCAUCCAAUCAGCUUUCAGAGGCUUCAUGGCAAGGCAGUUAUAUGAAGAAAUCAGAAAAUCAUGUGAAGGAGAUCAUAUUGAAGGAUCCGAGAAUCCAAGUGGGGCAUCGGCGGCUGCAUCCACUGAAGCCCAAGUAGGAGAUUCUGUUAAAAAUCUUAGUCUUCAAGAGAAGAGUGUCAUAAUUCCGCACAAGGUGCAGCACAAAGCUCAGACACAGGUAUACAGGGUGAAGGAAAAGUGGGAUAAUAGCACUGUCAGUAGCAACGUAUUGAAAUUAAAAAUCCAAAACAGACUUGAAGCAACAACAAGACGUGAGAGAGCUCUAGCCUAUGCCUUCUCUCAGCAGCUGAGAACUUGCUCUGCCAAAAAGAAAUCAACCCAGUCUGAUUCAAAGGAGCCCAACAUGGGAUGGAGCUGGCUCGAGAGAUGGAUGGCCACCCGCAUGCCGGAAAAUUCCUUGGCAGAGGACUGUUUGAACAAGCACUUUGAUUCCAUUUCCACUUACCAGAGAUCAGCAAUGAUCAAGAAGAGAUUGGACGUAGCCAUUGAGGAAAAGGAAAGUUGUGGUUCUAAUGAUGUAUCUGUGAACUUUGAUAGUUCUACCACACCUCAGACACCUAGAGAUGGCUACAGACCAGUUAAAAGCAGGAAGAAGGCCACAAGAAGUAUGUUGCGAAGAAGAACAGUGCUGGAUUAUAAUUAUAUGACACGGUCAAGCAAGGUAAGCAAGAGGGACUCUUUGAAAGAAGUUGAGAAGGAGAAGAGAUGCAAGCAAGUGCAACCAAAGAACAAAGUGGAGCUACAUGCAGAAGCUUCUCAAGUUCCCUCAGACUACUGGAUGAACAGUUGUAUAUAAUUUUCUGGGGAGGUGAAUUUAAGGUAGUGGUUUAUUUCUGUUCCGUUCUUUGAUGGUUUCAAUGACUCAUUGCUAGCAUAGUAGUAUUCCAUGGAAUCUAUCUGAAGCUACUAGGCUUCUAUCAGCUUUUGUGUUCCUAGUUUAUUCACGUACAACCAAAGCAAGCACUUCAGGGAAUUGUCCAAAGAUGCAGUACUAAGUUUUUGUUUGAAGUCUUAUGGUUACGGAUCUAGGAAAGAAUAGCACGAGCUAUUCUUCAAUAAUUGUUCUUGUAAAAAAA